CAGCUGCUAGAGAGGAAUUCAGCUUCUUGUGGAGCGCGAAAGUCAUUCAGGUUUCUCUCGUGCAUAAUCGAGCUCGUAAACUGUAGGAAUUCUGAUGUGCUUCUGUGCACGCAACAAUAACAGAUGAGCUGCUUGGGGGACAGCCUGAGCAGUCGGAACAGCAUCAUGGGGUCUACUGAUGCGGACAUUGAAGACCUGGAAAACGCCACUUACAAGUAUCUCAUUGGAGAACAGACGGAGAAGAUGUGGCAACGCCUGAAAGGAAUACUAAGAUGCUUAGUGAAGCAGCUGGAGAAAGGUGAUGUCAAUGUGGUCGACCUAAAGAAGAACAUUGAAUAUGCAGCAUCAGUGCUGGAAGCAGUUUACAUCGACGAGACAAGAAGACUUCUGGACACUGAAGAUGAGCUCAGUGACAUCCAGACCGACUCAGUUCCAUCAGAAGUCCGGGAUUGGUUGGCUUCUACCUUCACACGGAAAAUGGGGAUGAUGAAAAAGAAACCUGAGGAAAAGCCAAAGUUUCGAAGCAUUGUCCAUGCUGUUCAGGCUGGAAUUUUUGUGGAAAGGAUGUACAGGAAGAGUUAUCACAUGGUUGGUUUGUCAUACCCUGCAGCUGUCAUAGUGACACUCAAGGAUGUUGAUAAAUGGUCUUUUGAUGUAUUUGCCUUAAAUGAAGCAAGUGGGGAGCAUAGUCUCAAGUUUAUGAUUUAUGAGCUGUUUACCAGAUAUGAUCUUAUCAACCGCUUCAAGAUUCCUGUUUCUUGCCUAAUUGCUUUUGCAGAAGCUUUAGAAGUUGGGUACAGCAAGCACAGAAAUCCAUAUCAUAAUUUGGUUCAUGCAGCUGAUGUCACUCAAACUGUGCAUUACAUAAUGCUUCAUACAGGUAUCAUGCACUGGCUCACUGAACUGGAAAUUUUAGCAAUGGUUUUUGCAGCUGCCAUUCAUGAUUAUGAACACACAGGAACAACAAACAACUUCCAUAUUCAGACGAGGUCAGACGUUGCCAUUCUGUAUAAUGACCGCUCGGUGCUUGAGAACCACCAUGUGAGUGCAGCCUAUCGACUUAUGCAAGAGGAGGAAAUGAAUAUCUUUGUAAAUUUAUCUAAAGAUGACUGGAGGGAUCUUCGGAACUUAGUGAUUGAAAUGGUGUUAUCUACCGACAUGUCAGGCCAUUUCCAGCAGAUUAAAAACAUAAGAAGCAGUUUGCAGCAGCCUGAAGGGAUUGACAGAGCCAAAACUAUGUCCCUGAUACUCCAUGCAGCUGAUAUCAGUCACCCAGCCAAAACUUGGAAGCUGCACUACAGGUGGACCAUGGCCCUAAUGGAGGAGUUUUUCCUGCAGGGAGACAAAGAAGCUGAAUUAGGACUUCCAUUUUCUCCACUGUGUGAUCGGAAGUCCACGAUGGUUGCCCAGUCUCAAAUAGGUUUCAUUGAUUUCAUAGUGGAGCCAACAUUUUCUCUCCUGACAGACUCAACAGAGAAAAUUGUUAUUCCUCUUAUAGAGGAAUCAGCAAAAUCGGAGUCUUCUAACUAUGGGGCAAGCAGCACGUUCCAUGUUGCUGACUCCCUGAGGCGGUCAAAUGCGAAAUGUUCCAUGAGUGAUGGAAGCUAUACUCCAGACUACUCUCUGUCAGCUGUGGACCUGAAGAGUUUCAAAAACAACCUGGUGGACAUCAUUCAGCAGAACAAAGAGAGGUGGAAAGAGUUAGCUACCCAAGAACCAAAAUCAAUUCUACAGGAGCAGUGUAACUUUUUCCCUCAGUAACCAUCACUAGGUAAAUCUCCCUGUGUGCUGACAGCUAUAAUUUGAUCAAAAGACUUGGCAGUUUCGAUAUUCAUGCUGGAAGUCUACCUGGGCCUGAGUGAGAAAGGGACUCCGUUUUUGCAGAUUGCUAAGUUGACAGCAGAAACCCCAUGCAUAACAGCUACACAUUUCUUGAUUGACCUGUCCUGACUGGCAUGGAAUAGAUCUAGCAAUGGCUACUGCAUCAACAUCCUUAUGCCUUCAAAUACUGGUGUAAAUAGUAUUUUGUGGCACCUUUCUUGCCUGAGGUGACACAGUGAGUGGCAAUAAAUGUUCUCUGAGCAACAUAUCAGUAAUUUGUCCUGUCUUCUGUGAGGCUACCGAGAUAGUUUCACUUCAAAUGUGCAUUUUCUAAAAUUUCUGAAAGGAAGCACAAAUUUUAGAAAUUUAUCUUUUUUGUGAAUUCUAACAUUUUCUUCUGAAAAUGCUUUACCAAUUAAAAGGCAAAUAUCACACAAGUAAUGUUUGUAAUUUAUAUUCUAGUGAGAAUGAAUGGCCAGAACAGAAUGACUUAACACAGUUUGGGUUGGGUCUGAAAUUAUUUGCCACCACAGAAAUUAGUUUAAGAUUGGCUAAUUUAUUUUCCCUCUCAAAAAUUUCCCUUAAUAUUUUAAUUCUAAUUAUUAUUAUUAUUAUUAUUAUUAGUGUGUGUGUGUGUGUGUGUGUAAAAUGUGUAUAGCAAGGGUAGCAGAACAUGGGGAGGUCAGAGGAAAAGUUUUAGGAGUUGAAACUCUCCUAUAAAUUCUUAACCAGUGUUUUUCAAUACCUUUUUUUAACUGUGACUCUCUCACAGCUAACUUAAUGCUUUGUUAUACCAGAGCAUUAUAAGCACCUCAAGAAUCAAUCCGUUAAGAAUAGAGGUGGAAUAACAAUUCUACAAAGAAUUAUAUUUUACUAACUCUCUCUCAAAGAAUAAAAAUGAGUGUAUUAUACAAUCAAAUUCAAUCCAAAGAUAAGACAUCUAUGUGUACUAAGGGAAAACAUGAGUAUCACAAAAAUUAGAUUCUAACCAUGGAGGCAACAUAGUACAGGGUUAAAACUGAGAAAUCUGAAAAAGAAAGUUUUCAAUUUUGCUAUUGUCAAUAAUAGUUACACAUUUUUGAACAAUUUCUCCCUGAGCUGUGACUCCAUCAUUAUAAAAUGAUGGUCAUUUUAAAAGUAUGUCUCAGUAUUUGUGAUAAACGUUGAAUGAAUCAGUGUAUAUGAAGUGUUUAGUGGUCUGUGUUUUCUACACCAAUACUUAGUCUUGUGGGUUUGCACAUACAUCAAGUCUUUAAUGGCAGAACUUGAAGCAGAGAAAUAUAGAACUUCUUGAGUUCAAGUCCAGCCUGAUCUACAUAGCACAUUCCCAGACAGUCAGGAGUAAAUAGUGCAACCACGUCUCAAAAACAAAACAGAGUACACCAGGCUAGAUGGUAGGCAGUGCAGGCCUGUAUUUCUAGGUACUCUGGAGCAGAGGCAGGAGAAUCUCAAGUUCAAAACCCUAGCCUGUCCUCCAAAGCACAAACAAGGUCAGCCUGGAGAAGCCAGCCAAACUUUUUCUCAAAGUAGUCAGUGGUGGAACUCUUGCCUAGGAUGUACCAUGCCCUAAGUUCAGUGCCCAGUAUUACAAUAACAAGAAAAAAUAACAAGAUCAAAACUGUAAGCUGGCUCUUUCUUUAACUUGAAAACUGGUGAUAAGCAAUUGAGGAAGUUUGCAUUAACUUUGAUUGACAUCUAGAAUAUUCUGUGAAAAUAACGAGACAUAGAGGCCAUGGAUCACUUAGUGACAUCUGUUUACAACUCUGGAGGUAUGUGUUACUGAGGAGGGUCUUGUGUUCCAUAUAACCCUCUGUGUUUGGUUAAGCUGUUAGAAAAUACAAGGAAGAGGAAACCCAGAGACAAAGGGCUAUAAAAACUAUGGCAAUCACUUUGACGGUAGUUUUAUGAAGAUAUAGUGAAACACCUAUAUUUUAUUUUAAAUUACUUCAUGCCCAGCAUGAUAGCAACUCUUUAAUAAUGAAUCUCAAGAUUCCAUCACUGUCGAUUCACAAAUUACUUCCCAGAUAAUUGCUUAAAGUGAUUUUAUUUUAAAGUAUGAAUUCACAAAUGUAUUGAAAAAGGAGCAUAUAAGAAUAUAUACCUAAACAUACAAAGAAAACAAUUUCUUCUACCACUACUUUUAAAAGCUGAAGUUGGGUGAUACUUUUCACAUGUCCUUUCAAAUAACCCCUCUCCAUAGUCAGCAAAGUUAAGAAUAUAUAUACACAGGAGAUAAAUAAAUGCCAUGGGAGUAAUGACAUGAAAACACAAGAGUCUUUGUCAUCUCAGGUAUAGAGUAGAUGGUUUUAUAGGACUGAUUUCUCCCUUGGCUGACCUGAGGACUUACAUACACGGGUACCAAACCUGUAAACAUUGUAAGAUGUGAUGACAUAAAGUUAAUGGAAGCAACUGCUAUGAAAACAAAACUUAGGAACACAUUCCACAGUUUCAAUUCAAUCCCACAUGUGUAUCUGUCAAGCAGCAUUUACACAAUAGCAUGAGGUCCAUCUUGUGGCUUCUUGAAGUAAGAUCAUCCCACCAGGAUUUGCUGAAUUUUUUUGUGAUCAACAGUGCUGGAUCCUGUGACCCCUACAGAUUCAUGUAAAAGGGUUGCUCUCAGAGGGAAGUCAUUCGCUGAUUCCAUGUCUGAUACACAUUUCCUAACAUUGUGUAUCCCAGUCUCAUAAUAAAUGAUUUUAGUUUUCACAAGAUAAAUGAAGUGGGAGAAGAAAAUAAACACUAAAAUUUGGGAAACAUAGAUACACACUAUUUCCUGACUCUCCUCCUCCAGUUAGAAACACACAAUGUUACUGUCCCAUAAUACUUGUUGACCAUUAACACUAACAGGCAGACUGCCUGAAGUCUCCAGGUAAGAGACAAGACAUUACUCUGGCUGUGGCUGAUCCUGCAUGGAAAGCACUGUGUAAAGUUCCAGGUCACUGAGACCUGCAGAAGGUGAUCUGGUCUGAGCGGAGGGUUGAAGAAUUUGUCAAAACAAAGUGACAGCAUUUAUACAUUUUUAUUUCCCAAGUACAGAGAAGCACAGAUGUCUGGGUUUUAACAUUAAUGACCUACUUCUAGCAGUCCAUGUCUCGCUAUUGCUCCUCCACACAUUAGCAUCGCUUUAUUUUGAAAUUCUCAAAAGGUAUAGUACUUUUGUGGGUCUUAGACUUUUAUUUGUUUGUUUGUGAGUACUUUUUAGCUUAUCUUUUAUUCUAGCAUUUACAGCCAGGAGAGUUAUUAAAAAAGAGGAUCCCAGAGUUUUUGUUUUGUCUUUGCUUUACUGUUUGUUUUUAGCAAAAUGCUGCCCACAUUUUUUGCUGUCAAACAGCUCAAUCAUCCCCAGAGAACUGAGUGUGAAAUCUUUUUAGAUGUUCUUAGCAUGGAAAUGAAAAAUAUCACAUUUAAUUCAUACUUCUCAUCUUGAAAUUUGAUUAUUACAUUUUUCAGACAACUAAGAAUACCCUUGAUUGUUUGAAGCAGUGUACACUUACCCACCUUGGGUCCAGGAUUCAACCUGUUUGAGUAACAUUUCAGAGUUGAGAAGCAUUGGGCAGUUCUGAAGUGGAAGGUUCAGAUCUUGCCCACAUGUGGGUGAGAGUUUGAACAAAAUGAAAUUGAUGAUUAAGUGGUAAGAAGUGUGGCUCACCAAGCACAGACUUGGCAUACAGCAGACAUUUUCUGAACUUUUGUCUUUGCUGUUGCUGCGAUCACUAAUAUUAACAUGUCAUUUUAUGAAUUUAUGCUUUUGUGCCUUUUUUUACCCAGAUUGCCCAUGAUUUAAUAAGACAUGCUGAUGCAUUUGUGUUAAAGUACAAAUAGAUUUCAUCAAUAACUUAAGAUAGAAAGGUUAUCAUGUAUUAACUACUCAUAAACAUUUCUGAAUUUAAAAUUUAGCUAUAUCGUUAUUACACCCAUCCCGGAGCUUCCCUUAAAACACAUGGACCCAGGCCAGGGCUGGUCAGAUGACUCAGUGGGUAAGAGCACUUCCUGCCAAGCCUAAUGACUUGAGUUUGAUUCCCAGAAACUACUUAGAGGAAGGAGAGACCUGACUUCUUUAAGUUGUUUUGUGACCUCUACAUGCCUCUGCCCCAAGUAAACACACACACACACACACACACACACACACACACACACACACACACACACGUACACACACACA